AUGUUCAAUUCUAAGACUUCGUAUUUCGGCCUUCGAGGGGGGUGGUUAACCUUUUGGAUCACCCUAGCCUGUGGUGCUGACAUGACUCUGUAUGGGUAUGAUCAGGGUGUUUUCAGCGGAGUCGUGAUAUCCAAAGAUUUUCUGCAGUUACACAAUCUUGAAGGUCCUUCUAAGACCAGUCUUCUUGGCACUGUCACCGCGAUCUACGAUGUUGGCUGCUUCGUCGGAUCAAUCUGUGCAUACUGGCUUGGUGAGCGGUUGGGGCGCCGAAAGACGGUCCUCGUUGGGACUACUGUAAUGGCCGUUGGUGCUCUUUUGCAAGCUUCCUCGUACAGUGUUGGCCAAAUGAUGGCAGGUCGAGUCAUUGCGGGAAUUGGAAACGGUCUGAACACAUCUACUGCACCCAUUUGGCAGGUCGAAACAUCAAAUGUGCAUUGGCGGGGCAAAUUGGUUAUCCUCGAGAAUGUACUCGUCCUUGUUGGGUUUUCACUUGCCAAUUGGCUCAAUUACGGGCUUUCAUUCGCCAGUGGCCCUGUGUCCUGGCGCUUUCCCCUGUCAUUCCAGUUCGUCUUCAUAAUCAUACUCGCUCUCACAGUUCCAUGGUUACCUGAGUCCCCAAGGUGGCUUAUUGCCCACGGCCAAGAAGAAGCAGCUGUACAGAUCAUCGCAGAUCUUGAGAACAAAUCUAGAAACGACCCCUUCGUCCAAUUUCAAACCAGCGAGAUUCGACACAGUGUCGAAUACGAACGAGCCAACAGCGUUAGCUUCAGUGACAUACUGCGCGGACGCGCCCAUGAACGGUCAGGCACUAAGACCAUCCGCAGGCUUAUCCUCGGCAUGGGAGCUCAGGCGAUGCAACAGUUCUCAGGAAUCAAUGUGACCUCCUACUACCUACCCACAGUAUUGACGAAAUCAGUUGGUGUGAGUGAGCCGUUAGCAAGACUCCUAACAGCAUGUAAUAGCGUUCAGUAUUUAUGCUUUUCCAUGAUCGGUAUACCGAAUGUUGAGCGAUGGGGCCGUCGAGCACUAUUGAUAUUUGGUGCCACGGGCCAGUGUCUCUGCUACAGCUUCAUCACAGCUCUCAUUCGGUAUAAUGAGAUGCCUGGCUACCCACAUCAACAUGAAGUGGCCUCUGCCUCGGUUGCUUUCUUCUUCAUGUAUUAUAUAUUCUUUGGAAUCGGCAUGCAAGGCGUGCCAUGGUUGUACCCCACAGAGAUCAACUCCCUUACGAUGCGAACCAAGGGCGCCGCACUUGGAGCAGCUACAAACUGGAUUUUCAAUUUCAUGGUCGUCGAGAUCACUCCAAUUGGUAUACAGAACCUUGGAUGGCGAUUCUAUACGAUUUGGAUCGCGUUGAACGCAGCGAUGGUCCCUGUCAUUUACGUCUUUUAUCCAGAGACAGCAGGACGUACGUUGGAGGACAUGGAUGACUACUAUCGUGGGAAUCCAGAGAAUGCGACCGCGGUGAUGGCUUAA